ACUUUAUCCACAUAUCCACUCAAUUCGACAAAACAUACAAAUACAACUUUACCCACUACAACUUUAUUUGCAACUACACUUCUUUUCCCAUCGUCUUCAUCGACAAGUUAAUCUACACCUCCAUCCUUUUCAUCUACAAGAGCAUCAACAUCUAAGACUUUAUUUACUAGUAAAAUUCUACCAACUAUGAAAACAUCUAUAGGUACAACUGUGCCACUUGUCGAAGUAACUACAAGAGGAGCUAAACAAACUUCGGCUUUAUUUGAAACCACUGCUUUUCCUAACAUGCCUAGCACUGAAUGGCAUGAUGUUGCCAUAACGACCGAUAAAAAUAUUCCAGGUUCCGCCGCAGUAACACCAAGUUCCAAUAAAUCACCAGCGUCUCCAGUCCCGCAAACGACAACGUACACGCCACAACCAACUGGGACUAUAAUAUUUCGAAUAACGAUAACUGUGGAGGUGGAAGGUGCGUUGGAAGACACAGUUUUACGACGAAAUAUAUUCAACGCUUUACAAACUGAUCUACUAACACCCGGAUUGGCGAAUGUAAAUGGAUAUAGAGGGGUUACAGUCGGAGUGGAAGUUUAUGGAGGAAGUCUCGUCGUUGUAUCGGAAAGUCGAUUUCUACAGGAGGACGACGGUUCGGUUCCACUUCUGUCAGUUGUUAAAAAUGCAUUAAAUGAACGUCUUAACGAGAAUGGGGAUCGUAUCAGACAUCAGAGUCAACAUUGGUCUGUUUUCACUCCGAUAGAAGUGAAUCGUAAAGUUAUCAAUGGAUUGUGUGAAUCUAACAGUUGCAAAUCAGAUGAAAUCUGCGUUGAAGUUGGAUCGGCCGAUUUUGUUUGCGUUUGUUUAGAUCAAAAUAAGAAAGAAAUACAAUGUCAAAAAAGUCACAAUACCGGCUUAUCAGCUGGUGGAAUUGCGGGAAUUGUCGUUGGAUGUCUUCUAUUUUUAUUAAUUAUUGUUUUCGUGAUUGUGUAUGCAUGCCGCCAAAAAACAACGAGAGAUAGUUCUAAGCCUAAUUCAACAAACACAAUAAAACAAAGGCACGUAUCAACAGUAAGUAAUGAAAGCUACGUUGAGCCGGACGAUGAAUUGAAUAAUGUCGAACCCUUGUACAUGUAUAUUUCGAACGAGGAUAUAAAGCCACCUGCGUUACCAGCUAACAAUCGAGCUACACUGCCAUCGCACUCCAUGACUUAUGAUGUCCCGAGUUCAGAUGAAGGAAACAAAAGCACAAAUGAGUUGAAAGAAAAUGAAGAAGGAUACUUGGUACCAAUUCCACCAGAUAUUGCAACUGUCCCAGAAGACAAGUCAUCAGAGACAGAACCUGAGAAAUCGAAUAAAAACCUCUAUUCUGAAGCAUACUCAAUGUAUGACAAAAACAAAGAUGUGAAUUUAAUGAACAGCACAGAUAUUACCGAAGAAAAAGAACAAAUAAACAAGGAGUUGAAAAGCGAGACUGAUACUGAUGACUCAUCAUCUGUUCAUUCAAACUACAUGUCAUUGGACGACUACGAAUUGGCGGAUAACUUGGGACGAUCUUUGCCUGGGGAGGACGAAUCAAAAGUAUCAAUAAAAAUGAAAGGCAAUAAGGAUUAUGAUGAAUAUAAUGAAUCAGACUACCUAGAAUUCAACGAAGAUCAAGACACAAGAAUAUGAUGAAUUGACUUUUCAGAAACAUUUUCCAUCCUAUACAAUUAGAAUAGCUUCACUGUAUUUCCACCAUUAUGGUGCACAUAUCAAAACAUAUCAUGUGAACGAGUCACGCUUACAGUCACCAGUCCGUGAAAAUAUGCCUCGUUCCACGAUUUUUGUAACGCUGAGUGGCAAGGAUGCCACAACGACAUCGAAGACCAGAAUUUAUAGCAGCAAAAGCAGUAUCUCGCUCCGUAGAUUACAUGUUUUGCUGGGAUUUUUCCGAUACAUUUUUUCUUGUGUUGUUCAUCAAAGCUUCUGUUCAAAUGUUAACAUAUUGUAUAGCAGUAGUUUUCAUUCUUGGUGGAUUAGAAUUCCAACGGAAUUUUUCAGAGGCUCGAGGAACCCCUGUGCAAUAUUUAAUUGUCUGUUAUCGUCUGAAUUGUGUAAACUGUAAACUAUUAAUACAUAGGGAAGCAAACUUAAAACUCACAAAACAAAAUGACCUUUGAAGUGUAGCAAUUUUAAUAAUGUUAGUAGAUUUUAAACUGAAGUUCAUAGCCAGAACGCUAGCUAUCUUAUAUUAUUACCAUUUGAAUUGUAUCAUUCACACCUGCUUGCUCGAAAGUACUGUUGAAUUACCUGUUUAAGUAAAUAUAUACUAACUAAAAUCAAGGUAUUCGAACGUCAUUUAUUUCACUUUUACCUGGAUUGUGUGUCCUUUUAGUCAUGGGUAUUA